GGCAACACAACAUCAUAACAUCAAAAAAACAUUUUUCGUUUGUUUCAUUAUCUCUUAUAAUUGAUAAUUAGCAGAUUUAGGAGACGAGACACAUCAGGUUUAUCACAAUCACAAGUAGCGCUUUUAAUACGUAGAACGUGUUACUGGUUACGUGGGUACUGUUAUAUCAGUUUUGGGGACACGUGCUGGGGCAAUCUUGGACGAAGAGGGAUUGUGCGGAUAGAUACGAACAGCGCGAGGGACGAGUCGACUGGAAGGUCUAUUUGCGAGGAAGACGGGUGAAUAGAAUAUUAGGGGAAGAGAUUCAGAUGUAUUUGGGUAUCUUGCUAGUUCUGGGUUUUGGGAAUAAGUGAGAGGCGUACGAUCAGUAUGACUGAUCAGAGAGAGAAACUGUCUCCGACUCAUCCAGAUGGUGCGUUUGCAAGAGAGCUUGAAUCGAUGCUGGAAGGGCAGGCGGAAGUGACAAAUGAGAGAGAUGAGACAAGGCAGAGAGAAGAGAGAAGUCAGAUAGGGGAAAGGAGUGAGAGAGAGGAGAGAAGAAUAGAUGACAGCGAAAUGGAGAGAGAUAUGAGGCAACACAGGAUGUGGAUGGAGAGGCAGGAUCGUCAUCAAUACAUUAUUGGAAACGAAAUAGAGCCGGUGAACCCAGACAAUUUCUCGAGGGAAAGAAGACUGCAGGCUGGAGGCGGAAGACCUAGACAAGGAGAACGUGGUAUGUGGCAGGAAGGUAGGGAGACUAGAUUCCAAGAAAUGGCGCAUGAUCAAAAUCCAGCAAGUCGUAGACGAGAGGAAAAUCGAAGACUGGGAAGUAUGAACUUUUCAUCAUUAGAAAGUAGCCAAGGGGUUGAAAGGGGAAAAAGUGGCGGUGAACGGGGAAAGAAGACUUUGUUUAAGAGACAGGAGACUGGAGAGGAACGACGAAAAAGGCUUGUAAGAAAUAGGCGGGCGAGGUUGCAUUAUAGAAAAGUCCUGGAUAGAGAUACCGAAAUCAUGAACGGGAAUGAUCCAAUUAAAAAGGAGGAGGUCCAGCAAAAAAGGAUCGAAAAAAAACGGAAACGGAAGAAAGAAUACCAACAGCGAAAAAAAUUGGAGCGUAAAAUUGCAGAAAAACAGCAGGAGCCUGAAAUCAUGGAAGAGGAUGAUCUGUUGGUGAGGACGACAGUUCGAUCGAAACAGUUUCGAAAAGAUGGGACCAACAGUCGCUUCCAACAAACGACAGAAGGAAGGCGAAAGGCACAAACCCUGGUGGAAGAGGAAGAAGACAAUGACGAAGAUGGAGAUGAAUCGGAGGGUGAAUGGAGAAGAUAUUACGAUGGGGAGGAAGACGAUGAAUAAAAGUAACAGUAGCGACACACGGAAAUUGAGAACUGGAAAUUGAUAUUCUAAAUAGCGUUAGCGUAACUUAAUGAAUGUAACUUCAACCGCUUAUAGAAAAUUUGGUUUCUCUCUA